GAGCACUGGCGCUGAGGCAGGAACUGGGUUUUUUCAGAUCCCCUUUAAAUGAGACCAGAUGGAGGCAGAGGCAAAUUCAGGCUCCCCAGAGGACAGUUGGGCAUUCAUCCAGAGGCCUGGUGAAGGUUGCCGAACGGUCCCCCUGGCUGGACAUGUGGGGUUUGACAGCUUGCCUGACCAGCUGGUGAAUAAGUCAGUCAGCCAGGGCUUCUGCUUCAACAUCCUGUGCGUGGGAGAGACAGGUUUGGGCAAGUCCACCCUCAUGGACACCCUGUUCAACACCAAGUUCGAGGGGGAGCCAGCCACCCACACACAGCCGGGUGUCCAGCUCCGGUCCAAUACCUAUGACCUUCAAGAGAGCAACGUGGGGCUAAAGCUGACAAUUGUUAGCACGGUGGGCUUCGGGGACCAGAUCAACAAGGAGGACAGCUACAAGCCCAUUGUGGAAUUCAUCGAUGCCCAGUUUGAGGCCUACCUGCAGGAGGAGCUGAAGAUCCGCAGGGUACUGCACACCUACCAUGACUCUCGCAUCCACGCCUGCUUGUACUUCAUCGCCCCCACGGGUCAUUCCUUGAAGUCUCUGGACCUAGUGACAAUGAAGAAGCUGGACAGUAAGGUGAACAUCAUCCCCAUCAUUGCCAAAUCAGAUGCCAUUUCUAAGAGUGAGCUAACCAAGUUCAAAAUCAAAAUUACCAGCGAGCUUGUCAACAACGGAGUCCAGAUCUACCAAUUCCCUACAGAUGAUGAGUCAGUGGCAGAGAUCAACGGAACGAUGAACGCCCACCUGCCAUUUGCUGUCAUUGGUAGCACAGAAGAACUAAAGAUAGGUAACAAGAUGAUGAAAGCUCGGCAGUACCCCUGGGGCACUGUGCAAGUUGAAAAUGAAGCCCACUGUGACUUUGUGAAGCUGCGGGAGAUGCUGAUCCGAGUCAACAUGGAGGAUCUCCGAGAGCAGACCCACAGCCGGCACUAUGAGCUGUACCGCCGCUGUAAGCUGGAGGAGAUGGGCUUCAAGGACACCGACCCUGACAGCAAACCCUUCAGUUUACAGGAGACAUAUGAGGCCAAAAGGAACGAGUUCCUAGGGGAGCUCCAGAAAAAAGAAGAGGAGAUGAGACAGAUGUUUGUGCAGAGAGUCAAAGAGAAAGAAGCUGAACUUAAAGAGGCAGAGAAAGAGCUGCAUGAGAAGUUUGACCGUCUGAAGAAACUACACCAGGACGAGAAGAAGAAGCUGGAGGAUAAGAAGAAAUCCCUGGAUGACGAAGUGAACGCUUUCAAACAGAGGAAGACGGCGGCUGAGCUGCUCCAGUCCCAGGGCUCCCAGGCUGGAGGCUCACAGACUCUGAAAAGAGACAAAGAGAAGAAAAAUUAACUCUGCUGUUUGCUGCAUGCUGCAUGAUACCCAGGGCCCUGUUUGGGUUUCCUGUAGACGCCCUUUUCCUGCGCAACAGAGCUGGGCCUCCCUUUCUCUAAUUCCCCCUUAACACGUCUGUGGGGCACACAACCCGUGCCCCCCCCCUUUCUUCCUGCCAAGGUUUAUAGAAGCCUGAGAGUCUGAGGACCGAGUCUGGCCUCUGGGCAAGAAGCCAGCAGUCACGUGGUUUAAAGCUGCAUCCUGCAUCCCAGAGCCCCUCCCAGCGCCCCCAGCCGGCCACUCCCCACCCCAUCUUUGACUGUAACAUGUGCAGGAGCUCUGCCUGCUCUACGGCACCACCAGCUUCCCUGUUCCAACUCCGAAUGCUGUUUGUUCCCCCGAGGUAUUUGCAUCCAGCCUGGCUGGGUGAGCACCAGUCAGCAGGGAUUUCCCCCUUAGUCUUCAGUCACUUGGCUUCCCCAACCACCACUAAGCCCCUGACAGGAACCACAGCCUCUCCUCAGAGGGUUCCAGAAGGAGAUCCUUCGGUCAGCCCAGCCCUUUCCAGUUUUGAUUCACUCAAAAGUGACUGCACUCAGGCUCUGUUAAGAAUCUGGAAUGAGUUUAUUUGCACCCAGCCCUUCCCAGACAACACAACUGCUGAAGAAAAUAGCAUAAAUGUCCCUCUCUGUAAUUCUAAGUACCCUACAGAUGCAGGAGGGAAAAUAAACCUGAAUAUUAGUACCAGCGUAGUGUCUUAUGGAAUUGUUAUGAGGUGUCUCGCAUCUCCUCUGUAAUUUCCCUGAGGAUGCCACACCAUCCUAACAAGGCAGGGUCAAUAGCAGGUGUAAGCAUCCUGUGUCGUAAACUGCCAGACUGAGUGGUUCAAGAAUCAGUGUUUUAGUUUGGCUUUGAGGAGUCUUCCAGUCUAUUUAUUUGGUGAAUUUGAUGAUGAUGAGUUUCAAUCUGUAUUUUGCAUGUGUCUCCUAAUAAGAAGAGGAGGUGAGACUGUCAGUCGGAGAAGAGAAAAGAGAUGUUGUACCUUGGAAGGUCCCUAACUUUGCCUCUAAGGAUUUGAUAUUUGAAAACUUCUAGCCCGGAUUUGUAUAAUGGGGCCUCUCUGAUAGUGGCUUUGGGAACCCCUUUGAAGUUGAGAGCCCUCCCUUGUCAGGGCCAUGAGGCGCACUGGACUUUGGUGUUAGACCAGUGAGAAAGUGAGCACUGGCGGUGACUGGCAAUGAUCCGUGGCUAACACGCCGUUUCUCUGCCCUUCCUUUGCAGUAAUCCAUGGCUGUGUACUGAAUAGUAUUCCCCGCUACAGCUGGACUGGACUCCACUUAGCCUUUUAAGCCAAGGUUCCUAUUGUAACUGACAGCUUUCCUUUGGGGUGCCAGGCAGCCGGGUCCCCGGCCCCUGCCAUGUUCUUCCACUUCAAGCCCCACCUCUUCUUUCUAUUUCUGCCUCACAGUCCCACUGGCAUUGACCAUGACCUUCUUUUUUAUUUUUUGGUCACUUGCUUUGAAAACACACAAUCGAACAAGGCUAUGCCAAAUUUUCAGACCUUUUUGAAGUAUUGAGAAUGGGGAGGGGGUGUUCUCUUUUCAAUAAUAGAUAAUAACAGGAAGCAAAAAGUAGAAACAACGGAAAGCAAACGAAUGCACACACUUUAUCUUUUCUUGUUGGCAAAGCAAGAGGGCAGUUUUGAGAUGUAUUGUUUGGUGAGUCACUGAUUGGUGAGUGGCCAGAAGCAAGUAUGAAGGUGAUGCUGCCAAAGCAGAAGCUAGUUUCUUGAGAAAAUCCAAGUCACACAGUGGAGCAUUUUAGGAGAUCCUAUGCUUGGAGAUUUAAAAGCCAAAAAAAAAAAAAAAAACUUGGAUCCUCAGCUUGGCUCAGGGAGAUGCUAAGUUAAGGCUGUCAAGUCUCCAUGGGAAAGGCUUCUUAUUUGCAGCCUUAUUUGACCAGUUUCACAGCUGCUUCCCAAGAAUCCCAAACUUAAACAACUAACGGUCUCCAUCCCCUCCCCCCCAGUAAUUAUUUGCAUCACAAAUAGGAGGUCCCCUCAUUUAAAUUUAUUUACAGAUUAACUACUUGAGGUUUGAGUGGUUCUGAAAACUUCAAAAGGUAUUAGAGCCACCCAGCCUUUGAGAGACCUUCAGAGACUGGGCAGGAAUUUUGUAUGAAAGGAGUCAUUUGGGUCCAGAAGACAGGUAGGACCCACUUUUUGUAAGAGGAAAUCGAGGCGCAGAGAAAUGAAGGGACUUUGCCAGAGGUCCCAGGGCUGUUUCGUGGCAAAAGUCAGGCUAAAUUCAGUGUCUUCUGAGACCCGAUACUUUUCACAAAUGGAUUCAAUCUGUUCAUGUUCAUUCCUGGAGACAAGUCUUUUGAUGUUCAGGAGAAAAUGAAUAGUUAGCAUUAGAGUGCCUUUGAGGUUUUUAUCCCAUAGAAAAAUAUUCGAGGAUGGGGUGGGCAGGGAUGGGCAAAGCAGAGGACUCUAGUCCCACCGCUGAACUGAGUGCUUCUGCUGACGAUAAGAGUCAUGGACACCUGUUAGCUGCUCAGCUUUCCUUGGAGUCUGGAAUGAGGCUUGUGAGUGCGGAAGUUUAACAGGUGCCAGAGAUGACCCUUGUCAUCAAGGAAGUUUGGUAAACAAAAAUCUAACUUGUGCGUGAACAUGAGACCUUUAUAAAGUCAACCAAGGCUAUGUAAAAUAAUUAAAAUGCUUAUUUUAUCGGGUAGCUUGUCUCACUGUAAACAGAAAGAUUUUUUUCCUUCUUCAGUGAAAAGAUUUUUUACUGGGUAUAAUUGUUACUAUUAAAAAAAAUUACCCUAAUACUCUGUUUACUUCUGAUGAAACAAAACCAGUCAUUAGAAAUGGUCUCUGUCCCGCCCCACCCCUACCCUAGACUGAAAUGGUUUUCCUGAAAAAUCCCCACAUGUACACACACACACACACCUCAUUUCUCUUAAGCCAAGAAGUUUGCUUUUCCUAGAUGCAGGAUAGAUCACUUUUGGUUUAGUUUAUGUUUUUUUUUGUUUGUUUGUUUUAAUCAUUUGGCAUUCACAUGUGGCUGUCAAUAUGCGCUUUUUUUUUUAUUAUUAAAACAAGAAGCUUGAAA